AGUACAGCUACAUAUGGGACCUACAGUACGUCAACAACUGAAUGCAUUUAAAAACCACUUUAUGCCUUCCAGUUUCCAGUUUGUGUGAACAAUGACAUCGGUGACGAUGUUCGUUUCCCUUUCCAGUGGGCGAGUUGUUGGUUCCGUAGGCAAGUUAUGACGGUACUUUUGCGGGUUUUUUUGCGGGAAGCAGAUAUAACAGAGUCGGAGGCGGAGCUUGGUGAUAAAUGUUCAGCCAGCUGAAGGGAAGCUGUGAGCGUAACGAGGUUCUCCUUCCGCUGUUCGUAUGUGCAGAGAGCAGUGUGAUAUCGCUGGGAGGAAAAUGUCUUGUGGGCUGUGGAAAGACACCCUAACUCUGGCAGAGGACUACCUGCUCUGGUGCACAAGCCCACAGGCAGCCCCUUCACCUCCCAGCGAGUCAGCCGCUGCCAUGAGGCGUCUGGCCCAGGAUAUGGAGACACAGCACCAGGCUGGCUUCAACUCCCUUGCUCAGACCUUCCUGAAGCAGUGCGGACUGAACCUCUGCUCCAGCCUCAGGAAGGUGAUUGAGGAGCUGGUGGGAGAUGGACUCAUGAACUGGGGCAGGGUUGUUUCCCUUUUCACUUUUACUGGUGUGCUGGUCAGACAGCUGCAGGAGCAGAAGGGCACGAAGCUGGGGCUGGACCCUGGACAGGGACAGGUGCCUGGAUACUGCAGGAGACUGGCAGAAACCAUAGCUGAUUACCUGGGAGAGGAGAAGAAAGACUGGCUGCUGGAGAAUGAUGGAUGGGAGGGGUUCUGUAAGUUCUCCCGCAGUGCCAUAGAGGUCAGUCAGGAAUCAUCCAUGAAGACAGCGCUGUUCGCUGCUGCUGGCGUGGGCCUCGCUGGACUCACCUUCCUCCUGGUGCGCUAGCUAGUCUUUUACAUCAUUAACACAUCCUCAUCCGUGUUCUCCUUUCAUUUGGCACAAUUAAGUAGACAUUUAAAUUCUAACAUCAAUGCUGCAAGAAAGAGUUGUAAUCUGUAGUGAAUUCAGGGUUGUAAAGUCAACGUCAUGAACUGAAUGUUUGCACAUACUCAAACCCCACAUAUUAAUACUGACAUUUUGUCACUUGCUCCUUAAGAUUGUAAAAAUGAUUUCAAUGCCUUCAGAAACUUUGGAGUAGGUGACAUCAGUUUGCAUAUCUUAGAAAGGUGAAUUACUAAAGCACAGGUUUCUGCACAGAAUCAUCUUCUUUUUUUUCCAUCAUUGUUUGUAUUUUCAGCUGAGCAGCUAAAAGACUUCAUUUCAAUUUUCCCACAGCUUCUGGUUUUAAUUUUAAAAUUGUUGGCUGCCUUUUUUUUUUUUUUGUUUUUGUCUUUUUAUUCACGUGUUUACCUGAGUCGUGUAUGUGGUAUAGAGCCAUGCUAGUGUAAAAUGUAUAAAUUAAUAUAUUAUAUUUAUAUGAAAUGAAAUUGUAAGCAGUGGCCCUUUUUUCUAACUGAUCCACAGCUGAUUCAGUUAUUUCAUUGUUAUCAAGUCUGUCCCACAUUCAUGUGAAAUGUCUGUGAUUUACAUGGGUCAGAAGAGCUGAAUACAGACCUGAUGACCGAACAACGGUGCUAUAUGUCGUGAAAUGUUUCUUUUAUCUAACAAACCAGGGACCAAUCUGACUUUAAACAUGUUGCUAUUAGAACAAACUGUUGCUAUGGCAUUCCCCUCCCACAGAUCUCUUAAACAUUAUAUUUUUACAUUGUUUUGUUCUAUUUAUUUGUCACUUUUUUUUAAUAAAAUAAGAAGCAAUCAUGGA